GUCGGGGCUGGGGGUGGAGCAGAGAAUCUGUAAAAGAUAUUCAAAGAGAGAAAAGGGGAAUCCUGAUCGUUUCUGCCCGUGUUUGCUUUCAACUUGAGCGUGCUAGCUUUUAACUUGAAGAAGUCUCAUUGGAGCAUCUAGCAUUCUCCAGGAGUUAUUCGAAAGCUGAAACUUUCAGUGGAUUGUGGGCCUGGGGAGAAGAAGGAUUCCGAGGGUGGAAUUGGGAAGAGCGUGCGUGCGUGUGUGUGUGUGCGCGCGCACGUGUGGGUCGGGGCGGGGGCGUCGGGGGGCCACUGGGAAUUCGGUGAAGAGGGCACCCCAUACCAUGGCAGUGCCCGGCGACGCUGCACGAGUCAGGGACAAGCCCGUCCACAGUGGGGUGAGUCAAGCCCCCACGGCGGGCCGGGACUGCCACCAUCGUGCGGACCCCGCAUCGCCGCGGGACUCGGGCUGCCGUGGCUGCUGGGGAGACCUGGUGCUGCAGCCGCUCCGGCGCUCUCGGAAACUUUCCUCCGCGCUGUGCGCGGGCUCCCUGUCCUUUCUGCUGGCGCUGCUGUUGAGGCUCGUCCGCGGGGAGGUCGGCUGUGACCUGGAGCAGUGUAAGGAGGCGGCGGCGGAGGAGGAGGAGGAAGCGGCCCCGGGAGCAGAAGGGGGCGUCUUCCCGGGGCCUCGGGGAGGUGCUCCCGGGGGCGGCGCGCGGCUCAGCCCCUGGCUGCAGCCCUCGGCGCUGCUCUUCAGUCUCCUGUGUGCCUUCUUCUGGAUGGGCUUGUACCUCCUGCGCGCCGGGGUGCGCCUGCCUCUGGCUGUCGCGCUGCUGGCCGCCUGCUGCGGGGGGGAAGCGCUCGUCCAGAUUGGGCUGGGCGUCGGGGAGGAUCACUUACUCUCGCUCCCCGCCGCGGGGGUGGUGCUCAGCUGCUUGGCCGCCGCGACAUGGCUGGUGCUGAGGCUGAGGCUGGGCGUCCUCAUGAUCGCCUUGACUAGCGCGGUCAGGACCGUGUCCCUCAUUUCCUUAGAGAGGUUCAAGGUCGCCUGGAGACCUUACCUGGCGUACUUGGCCGGCGUGCUGGGGAUCCUCUUGGCCAGGUACGUGGAACAAAUCUUGCCGCAGUCCGCGGAGGCGGCUCCAAGGGAGCAUUUGGGGUCCCAGCUGAUUGCUGGGACCAAGGAAGAUAUCCCGGUGUUUAAGAGGAGGAGGCGGUCCAGCUCCGUCGUGUCCGCCGAGAUGUCCGGCUGCAGCAGCAAGUCCCAUCGGAGGACCUCCCUGCCCUGUAUACCGAGGGAACAGCUCAUGGGGCAUUCAGAAUGGGACCACAAACGAGGGCCAAGAGGAUCACAGUCUUCAGGAACCAGUAUUACUGUGGACAUCGCCGUCAUGGGCGAGGCCCACGGCCUCAUUACCGACCUCCUGGCAGACCCUUCUCUUCCACCAAAUGUGUGCACAUCCUUGAGAGCUGUGAGCAACUUGCUCAGCACACAGCUCACCUUCCAGGCCAUUCACAAGCCCAGAGUGAAUCCUGCCACUUCGCUCAGUGAAAACUAUACCUGUUCUGACUCUGAAGAGAGCUCUGAAAAAGACAAGCUUGCUAUUCCAAAGCGCCUGAGAAGGAGUUUGCCCCCUGGCUUGUUGAGACGCGUUUCUUCCACUUGGACCACCACCACCUCGGCCACAGGUCUACCGACCUUGGAGCCUGCACCAGUACGGAGAGACCGCAGCACCAGCAUCAAACUGCAGGAAGCACCUUCAUCCAGUACUUUUAGUCCUGAUUCUUGGAAUAAUCCAGUGAUGAUGACCCUCACCAAAAGCAGAUCCUUUACUUCAUCCUAUGCUAUUUCUGCAGCUAACCAUGUAAAGGCUAAAAAGCAAAGUCGACCAGGUGCCCUCGCUAAAAUUUCACCUCUUUCAUCGCCCUGCUCCUCACCUCUCCAAGGGACUCCUGCCAGCAGCCUGGUCAGCAAAAUUUCUGCAGUGCAGUUUCCAGAAUCUGCUGACACAACUGCCAAACAAAGCCUAGGUUCUCACAGGGCCUUAACUUACACUCAGAGUGCCCCAGACCUAUCCCCUCAAAUCCUGACUCCACCUGUUAUAUGUAGCAGCUGUGGCAGACCAUAUUCCCAAGGGAAUCCUGCUGAUGAGCCCCUGGAGAGAAGUGGGGUAGCCACUCGGACACCAAGUAGAACAGAUGACACUGCUCAAGUUACCUCUGAUUAUGAAACCAAUAACAACAGUGACAGCAGUGACAUUGUACAGAAUGAAGACGAAACAGAGUGCCUGAGAGAGCCUCUGAGGAAAGCAUCGGCUUGCAGCACUUUUGCUCCUGAGACCAUGAUGUUUCUGGACAAACCAAUUCUUGCUCCCGAACCUCUUGUCAUGGAUAACCUGGACUCAAUUAUGGAGCAGCUAAAUACUUGGAAUUUUCCGAUUUUUGAUUUAGUGGAAAAUAUAGGAAGAAAAUGUGGCCGUAUUCUUAGUCAGGUAUCUUACAGACUUUUUGAAGACAUGGGCCUCUUUGAAGCUUUUAAAAUUCCAAUUAGGGAAUUUAUGAAUUAUUUUCAUGCUUUGGAGAUUGGAUAUAGGGAUAUUCCUUAUCAUAACAGAAUCCAUGCCACUGAUGUUUUACAUGCUGUUUGGUAUCUUACUACACAGCCUAUUCCGGGCCUUUCAACUGUGAUUAAUGAUCAUGGUUCAACCAGUGAUUCAGAUUCUGACAGUGGAUUUACGCAUGGACAUAUGGGAUAUGUAUUCUCAAAAACGUAUAAUGUGACAGAUGAUAAAUACGGAUGUCUGUCUGGGAAUAUCCCUGCCUUAGAGUUGAUGGCGCUGUAUGUGGCUGCAGCCAUGCACGAUUAUGAUCACCCAGGAAGGACUAAUGCUUUCCUGGUUGCAACUAGUGCUCCUCAGGCGGUGCUAUAUAACGAUCGCUCAGUUUUGGAGAAUCAUCACGCAGCUGCUGCAUGGAAUCUUUUCAUGUCCCGGCCAGAGUAUAACUUCUUAGUUAACCUUGACCAUGUGGAAUUUAAGCAUUUCCGUUUCCUUGUCAUUGAAGCAAUUUUGGCCACUGACCUGAAGAAACACUUUGACUUCGUAGCCAAAUUUAAUGGCAAGGUAAAUGAUGAUGUUGGAAUAGAUUGGACCAAUGAAAAUGAUCGUCUACUGGUUUGUCAAAUGUGUAUAAAGUUGGCUGAUAUCAAUGGUCCAGCUAAAUGUAAAGAACUCCAUCUUCAGUGGACAGAUGGUAUUGUCAAUGAAUUUUAUGAACAGGGUGAUGAAGAGGCCAGCCUUGGAUUACCCAUAAGCCCCUUCAUGGAUCGUUCUGCUCCUCAGCUGGCCAACCUUCAGGAAUCCUUCAUCUCUCACAUUGUGGGGCCUCUAUGCAACUCCUAUGAUUCAGCAGGACUAAUGCCAGGAAAAUGGGUGGAAGACAGCGAUGAGUCAGGAGAUACUGAUGACCCAGAAGAAGAGGAGGAAGAAGCAGCAGCACCAAAUGAAGAGGAAACCUGUCAAAAUAAUGAAUCUCCAAAAAAGAAGACUUUCAAAAGGAGAAAAAUCUACUGCCAAAUAACUCAGCACCUCCUACAGAACCACAAGAUGUGGAAGAAAGUCAUUGAAGAGGAGCAACGGUUGACAGGCAUAGAAAAUCAAUCCCUGGACCAGACCCCUCAGUCGCACUCUUCAGAACAGAUCCAGGCUAUCAAGGAAGAAGAAGAAGAGAAAGGGAAACCAAGAGGGGAGGAGAUACCAACCCCAAAGCCAGACCAGUGACAAUGGAUAGAAUGGGCUGUGUUUCCAGACAGAUUGACUUGUCAAAGACUCUCUUCAAGCCAGCACAACAUUUAGACACAACACUGUAGAAAUUUGAGAAGAUGGGCAAAUGGCUAUUGCAUUUUGGGAUUCUUCGCAUUCUGUGUGUACAUUUUUACAGUGAGGUAUAUUGUUAAAAACUUUUUGCUCAAAGAAGCUUUCACAUUGCAACACCAGCUUCUAAGGAUUUUUUAAGGAGGGAAUAUAUAUGUGUGUGUGUAUAUAAGCUCCCACAUAGAUACAUGUAAAACAUAUUCACACCCAUGCACGCACACACAUACACACUGAAGGCCAGGAUUGCUGGCUCCACAAUUUAGUAACAUUUAUAUUAAGAUAUAUAGUGGUCACUGUGAUAUAAUAAAUCAUAAAGGAAACCAAAUCACAAAGGAGACGGUGUGGCUUAGCAAGGAAACAGUGCAGGAAAUGUAGGUUACCAACUAAGCAGCUUUUGCUCUUAGUACUGAGGGAUGAAAGUUCCAGAGCAUUAUUUGAAUUCUGAUACAUCCUGCCAACACUGUGUGUGUGUGUGUGUGUGUGUGAGUGUGUGUGUGUGUGUGAAAGAGAGACAGAAGGGAACAGUUUGAAAGGGUGCUUGUGUGCAUGUGUGUGCAUAUGUAGAGAUUUUUGUGGUUUCAGUAACUCAUAGAAUAGCUGUAGCAAAUGACUGAGUACAUGUGAACAAACAGAAGGAAGUUCACUCUGGAGUGCCUCUUUGGGAGGCAGCCAUUCCAAAUGCCCUCCUCCAUUUAGCUUCAAUAAAGGGCCUUUUGCAGAUGGAGGGCACUCAAGGGCUGGGUGAGAGGGCCACAUGUUCGGUAUUACAUUACUGCUAUGCACCACUUGAAGGAGCUCUAUCACCAGCCUCAAACCUGGAAGACUGAGGCAUUUUCCAGUCUGCUCACCUAAUGAAUGUAUAGGAGCUGUCUGUGAGUAUGGAUGUCACUCAACUAAGAUCAAAUCAUCAUUUAAGAGGAUGGCAUUCUUUAUACGUAAACACCUAGGAAAGAGUUGGAGUCAGGUCUUUAAUCAGGUUAGAAUUCUGAAUGAUGCCAGAGAAGGCUUGGGAAAUUGUACUUCAGCGUGAUCGCCUGUGUCUUAAUUUGCUGCAAAAUGUGUGGUAGAGAAAGAAAAGGAAACAGAAAAAUCACUCUGGGUUAUAUAGCAAGAGAUGAAGGAGAAUAUUUCAACCCAGGGUUUUUGUGUUGACAUAGGAAAAGCCUGAUUCUUGGCAACUGUUGUAGUUUGUCUUUCAGGGGUGAAGGUCCCACUGACAACCCCUGUUGUGGUAUUCCACAUGCUGUUUGUUGGGGUAGCUUCCAUAGGCAAUCUGGCCCAUUGUCAGUCAUGCUUCUUCUGGCAGGGGAAAUUAUACAGAGAUUGUUUGAGGAUCGGGUUAUUAUUGAAAAGUCUUUUUGUUUGUUUGUUUUGUUUUGGUUUGUUUAUCUACACUUGUUUAUGCUGUGAGCCAAACCUCUAUUUAAAAAGUUGAUACUCACUUUCAAUAUUUUAUUUCAUAUUAUUAUAUAUGUCAUGAUAGUUAUCUUGAUGUAAAUAUGAAGAUUUUUUUGUUUCUGUAGAUAGUAAACUCUUUUUUUAAAAAAGGAAAAGGGAAACAUUUUUAUAAAGUUAUAUUUUAAUCACCAUUUUUAUACAUUGUAGUUCUCUCCAAGCCCAGUAAGAGAAUGAUGAUUUAUUUGCAUGGAGGUCGAUGGACAGCCAGUCAUCUACCUAUUCUAAUUUAAAUGAUAAUCUGAUAUAGUUUUAUUGCCAGUUACAUGAGGAUGCUGCAAAGAAUGUUUUUUUUCACUAGUAACUUUUGCUAACUGAAUGAAUUCUGGGUCCACAUCUCCCAGAUGAAAACCUGUUAACCAACACCAUAUUUUAUAGUUGGUGUCCAUUUCUUUCUAACACUGUUUGUUAUGAUUCUUCCUUCAGUACUAUAUACAGACCUGCUCAUUAUCUAAACAAUCUUAGCUUCUAAGUAAACCUUGAUUGUGAUUUCUGGUUUUUAUUUUCUCUGACGUAGUAGAAAGGAAUGUUUACAUUAAAAAUACUUUUGUUUCUCAUAAAUGGAUAUUGUACUCCCCCCUUUCAAAGCAUUAUUUUACAAUAAUUCAUGGCAUUUAAAAAAAUAAGGCAAAGAUAAUACAACAAAAAAAUACAUGGUUUCAAGGCAAAUUCUCCAAUAAGUAGGAAAAUGUAAAAAGGAUCAAGUGGAUGCAGCCUCUACCUAAAUAAUUAAAAUAUAUUUCAGUAUAUUUCUGAAUUAACAGCAGGUCUUCAUUAUUUAGAACUUACUAAAUUGUUUUCAUUUUCUUAGUUUUACCUGUGUGUCUCUAUGUUUGCAAAAACUACUAUGAGUCAAAUUUUGCCAGUGAAUUGAACUAUUUUUCUUUCCUUGCAAUUAAGAGAAGGGGAAAAAAGCAUUUAUCUUCUUAUACCCCUUGCAUCUAAGUACUUAACAAAGCCAAUAUUUUCCCAUUUUCCAAAUGCUGUCCAUCUCUAACAUAAAUAUUAAUUGAACAUAGAGCUAUGUUUGGAGUGAGUGGACUGGCAGGACAGUUGGAAGUCCAUCAGUCUGUUGACAGUUUCAUCAAAGCUGUAUAGUCCAACUAGUGGGGCAGGUUGGCUACUAUGGUGGAAGUCUCAGCAAACUGCCUGGUUUUGUUUGUUUGUUUUGUUUUAAGGUACAGGAAAUAAGAGGAAUAAUAGUGGCCAAAGCAAUUAGAACAUCUUCAUUCCAGAACUGUGUUCAGCAAUCCAGGCAGAUUGAUACAUUUUUCUUUAAAAAUAAAUUGUUAUUACAGCUAGAAGUCAAUUGGGAUAAAUAAAGGGAUGAAGAUCCACUAAGUUUGUGACUUUCAUACACACCCAGUACAUCUCAAAGGAUGCUAAGGGACAUUUUCUGCCAGUAGAGCUCUCCCCCUUUUUGGUGACAGCAAUAUUAUUAUGUUCACAUCCAACUGCAGAGCUUACUUCCUGUGGUGCCAACGUAUUUGUUGCAAUUUACUACAUUUUUAUAUGAGCCUAUUUAUAGGUGCCAUUAGAUAAACUCAGGUCUUUCAAAUGAAAGAGUUUCUAGCCCACUUAGGGAAAAAGAUAAUUGUUUAGAAAACCAUAAAAUCAAUGGUAGGAAAAGUUGGAACGGGUUACCUGGAUGCCAUAGUUUUCUGUUAAGUAAAAGACCAGGUAUAUUCUGAGUGUCAUCAGUAUUAUUUUCAGCAUGCUAAUAAAUGUCUUUCCAGUUAUAUAUCUAAAUUAACCUUUAAAAUAUUGGUUUCCUUGAUAAAAGCACCACUUUUGCUUUUGUUAGCUGUAAUAUUUUUUGUCAUUUAGAUAAGACCUGGUUUGGCUCACAAUAAAAGGUGAAGACAGUAGCUCUGUACAGGGAUAUAUCUAUAUUAGUCUUCAUCUGAUGAAUGAAGAAAUUUUCUCAUAUUAUGUUCAAGAAAGUAUUUACUUCCUAAAAAUAGAAUACCCAAUUCUGUCUAUUUUGGUUGAAUACCAGAACAAAUCUUACCAUUGCAAUCCCAGUAAAACGAAAGAAAAGGAGUAUCUUACAGACUGUUCAUAUUAGAUGUAUGUAGACUGUUAAUUUGCAGUUUCCCCAUAUUCCCUGCCUAUCUUACCCAGAGAACUUUCUUUGAAGGUAAAAGCUGUGCAAAAGGCAUGAGACUCAGGCCUACUCUUUGUUUAAAUGAUGGAAAAAUAUAAAUUAUUUUCUAAGUAAUAAAAGUAUAAAAAUUAUCAUUAUAAAUAAAGUCUAAAGUUUGAAAUUAUUAA